AUGGCCAGCUGGACUCUUGUUUUUAGCAAUGUGUUGAAUGAACACAAAGAUUCCUUUGUAGCAGCUAAAGGAAAUUCUGGCAUCAGGGCUCGCAUCCUCAAGACAAUCAAAGAUGCUAUAGGCAGCAGUGAAGCAGCCAAAGACCCUUGUGUCAUGCUUCCUGAGAAAAAUCUGCGCAAGGCUGUUCGUGCCUAUUAUUUGGACUUCCUGGAAGAUGAUGAGGAUCGCAAGGCAGAGGAAGAGAUUAUUGAGGGAGGAACUAAGGACACAUCUGCUCCAGAUGCUGUUACUGUAGAGAUGGUGAGACAGAGGGAAGAUGAUAAGCCUGAGGAUGCUGGGAAGUACAAGACAGAAUUCUCUGGUUUUGAUGUCGUCCAAAAAUUAUUUAAGGAUGAAUUUGCAGAAUAUGACAAGCAGCACAGAGAUACCUCCAACCCAAAGUCUAUGGGUCAGAGGACAAGAUUGGCCCGCAUGUGGCACCAGGCCAUGUCCCCUGAGGUGAAGAAGGAGCUUGAGCGAGUUGCAGGAAAAUGGAACCAGGAAGGACCUCCUGCAGAUACCAAGGACAGAUACCGUACCCAUAACCAGAAAAAAAUGAUGGAGGACUUUAUGGACAUGGUCCGGAGAACCAUGGGAUUGCAUGUCGUCAUCCUUACAGCCCAUGACCGAGGUGAGGGAAAAGCUCCUGGAACUACUGUCUGGGAGACUUCGCCACAAAAGGCCAAAAAACCUUUUACUCAGGCGACCAAAGACAAUCGGAAAUGGGCAGAACAUGCUCAAGAUCGUCUUGCCAACUGGCUUCUCGAAGGAGAAUAUGCCGAUGGAGAGGUUAGUGAUGGAGAGGAUGACAAUGAAAAUAAUCUCCCAGAUCUCACUGUUGAGGUCGAUGAUGAUGGUUAUCCUUGCCUACCCACAGGCUUUGUAUGUCUUAAGCUGAAGCACAGACAACAGCUUAUUUGGGCUGUCUUUCAAAAGGCCUAUGCUGUUAUUACCAACAAUCCUAGGGCUCUGGUGCCCUGGGGUGAGAUGUCGACCGAUCCCACUCACUACCUUGAUUCAGGAUGCAUUCCUGAGAAUGUUGUCAUCAGGGAUCCUUCCCACCUGCAAAAGGACACGAUCACUGCAAUCUACUCCCACUGGAAAGACCGUGCUAGUCAUGACAUGCCGAUUGUACGUUUUGUUGGAUAUAGGCAAGCUGAUUUCUAUGAUGCUCGCACUAAGAAAGGAGCUGCAAAGGGCAAGUCAAGGGCGAAGCCUGCCUAUGUUGAAGUCUCUUCAGAUGAGGAAGGACUCUUGAACAAGGUCACCAAUGGUAAAAGCUCUUCAGAUGAAGAUGACGUCGAGGUGGAGACUCUGACCAUUCCUGAGUCCAGCCCAAAAUACCAUCUUGCUAGGGACAUGGUCCCUUACCUCAAGUCUCUCUCUACUGUCCCUUCAUAUCAUCGUCUUCUUACUGCGGUUCAGAAGCUUCCGCAAAGAACAGAUUCAAAGUCAAGGAAACAGCAUCUUCCUGUCUGGGCUUCUUGGACAUGGUCUCAGGCAUAUCUGCCUCAAGACAUCCAUGAGGAUAUGAAAAUUGCCUCAGUCGCCCUGGAGCAUUUGAGUAGCUACCAGUUCGAUUCUCGUGGAUGGGGCAUGGUUGUGGCCCUGGGACUUGGACUCCUACUUCGUGAGUGUCGUCGUGCUCAGGAGUAUGAAGCCGACGAAGCUGGAGAUGAUGUACCUGACUACUUGGGUAACUCGAUCUUGGGCAUCCAGAUGGGCGACCAGAUUGAGGAAAAGGUUGUAGAGAUAGGGGCAGCAGUAGAAGCCAUGCUGAAAGAUGAGAGCCUGGGGUUGUCUGUUGUGAGGAAAGACAUUGAGAAGAGGCGUUCAGAGGAGAAAAGGAAGUUGAAGGAGAAAAGGAGAGUCGAGGAGGAGAAGAGGGCUGAGGAGGAGAAGAGGGCUAAGGAGGAGAAGAGGGCUGAGGAGGAGAAGAGGGCUGAGGAGGAGAAGAGGGUCGAGGAAGAAGAAAGAUUGGCUAAGAAAGCAAGCAAGGUGGACAAGAGGGUGAGGAAAUCCAAUGCUAAAGGGAAGGGUAAGAGGCCUGCUGCAGAUGUGGAGGAACCAACCAAGAAAAAGGUGAAAGCUUCCCCUCCUGAUCCACCUCGUCGUUCUGCCAGAGACAAAGCACCUCCAAAGAAGUACAAUGUCUGA